UUGAGGUUAUCACGGCAUAGUAGUUGGUUUUGUUUCACAUUUCUUGAAUAAAUUUCUUUAAGUUUCGGCUAUCCGAUCGAUUAAUUUUUGUGCCUUCCCUGAUUAAAAUAAAAGAAAAGAAAAUAUGCCUUUCUUCAGUGGACGUUGUUUGAGUGGGGCCAAAUUGAUUGGCAAAACUGCAAUAGUGACUGGAUGUAACACAGGGAUAGGAAAAGAGACUGCCCUGGAAUUUUACAAAAGAGGUGCUAAAGUAAUAAUGGCUUGUCGCAGCCUAGAGAGAGCAGAAGAGGCAAAAACAUACAUAGAAAAAGCUUGCAAUAAUCUUUCUGAUACUGGUAAACUGGUGAUUAUGAAAUGUGAUCUGUCAUCUUUGAAGUCUGUCCGAGAGUGUGCCCAGGAAAUCUUGGAUACAGAACCACAGAUUAACAUUUUAGUUAACAAUGCUGGUGUCAUGAUGUGUCCCAAAGGUGAAACAGAAGAUGGUUUUGAAAUCCAGUUUGGCACUAAUCACCUGGCACAUUUUCUUCUGACAAUGAUGCUGCUGCCCAGAAUUAGAAAUAGCACACCAGCACGAAUCGUAACCGUCUCAUCUAAAGCUCAUACACGGUAUGGGAUAAAUUUAGAAGACCCCAAUUACAAGAAUAGAUCCUACAGUCCUGCAGAGGCAUACAGCCAAAGCAAGCUUGCAAAUGUAUUAUUUUCAAGGGAGUUGGCUACUAAAUUGAAGGAGCAUAAUAUAGAUGGAAUCCACACAUACUGCUUACAUCCUGGAGUGAUCAAAACUGAGUUAGGUCGUCACUUAAAUGAAAGCCUAUUUUGGGGUGCCCAGGUUAUCAUUGGAACUGUUUUACGUCCAUUUAUGAAGACUCCAGAGCUGGGGGCACAGACUACCAUCUAUUGUGCUGUUGAUGAGAAAUGUGCAGAUGAAACUGGACUCUAUUACAGUGAUUGCGUCGUCACAAAACCGUCAAAAAGUGGGUUGAAUGAUGAACACGCCAAAAAACUAUGGGACCUCUCAGUUGACCUGGUGGGACUUGGAGACUUCAACCCUUUCACUGCCCAAGACCCUGGCUUGAAAAAAUAAAAAUAUACUCUUAUGCAAAAGAAGAGCGUCAUCACUUAUGCAAGUGUAAUCGUGAUUUAUCUCUAUGACAAAUGAAAAAUUUUAUUCUUCAGCACAAAUGUUAUGAAGUAAUUGAUGAUUGAAAGCAACAGGACUAUUCCCACCUCUCGUUCCUACCACUGCGACUCCUGUGUAGCCAGGAUCUACAGCUUGACUGCCAUAAAAACCCAACCAAUGAAGGUCAAGUUUGUCCCAGGGGAAAGUUAAACUGUGAUUGAAAGCAGAAGCGGGUGUGCGGCGGCGGGUCAAUUAACCCUUUAACUGGUAUAGAGAAAAAUAUUUGAUCAUCUUGUGACAUGAAUUCUACUACCACCAGUUAUAGUAAGCCUAUAACUGGUGGUAGUAGAAUUCAUGUCACAAUAUAAUUUAUGUUCAUAUCGCGAUCGCCAGUGAUGCUCUCCCAACCCACUCCCGCUUUCUGCCAUACCUGUGGCACUUUAUUACGAUUACUUUGUUACUUACGUUACAAUAUUAGAGAAAGUUUCGGGUUAAGCACAUCAUAGCAAUUAAAUGUUAAUGUUUUUUUAACCACUCUAAUCUGAUCACACAAGUUGUUUUCUGAUAAUGUAAGAGAGGUAAUAUCGGUGGU